ACAAUGAACCAGUCAGGACUGAUUGAGCCUGUGCUAACUGAAAACAGUAGUUUUGGAAAUGGUGCGAGUGUGUCCCUGAACCACUCAUGCCCUCUGGGUUGGGGACAGAACGAGGGCAUGGCGACUUGCAUCUUAGAGACGGCUCUCAUUGUACUGCUAACUGUGCUCAUCAUUGCUGGGAAUUUGACGGUCAUCUUUGUGUUUCAUUGUGCCCCUUUGCUGCACCACUACACCACCAGCUACUUUAUCCAGACUAUGGCCUACGCAGACCUUCUGGUGGGGUUGAGUUGCCUGGUGCCCACUUUCUCUUUGCUGCACUACCCAGCUGGUGUCCAAGAACCCCUCACAUGCCAGGUAUUCAGCUACAUCAUCUCAGUGUUGAAGAGUGUUUCUAUGGCUUGCCUGGCCUGCAUAAGUGUAGAUCGCUACCUAGCCAUUACUAAGCCCCUCUCAUACAACCAGCUGGUGACACCUUGCCGUUUGCGCUGCUGCAUUAUCCUGAUCUGGAUCUACUCUUGCGUUGUGUUCCUGCCAUCCUUCUUUGGUUGGGGCAAGCCAGGAUACCAUGGGGACAUCUUUGAAUGGUGUGCUCAUUUCUGGCCAACCUCUGCUUUGUUUACUGGUUUUGUUGUGUGCCUGCUGUACGCUCCAGCAGCCCUUGUGGUCUGCUUCACCUACUUUCACAUCUUCCGCAUCUGUCAGCAGCAUAAUCGGGAGAUUAGUGAGCGAAGGGCCCGUUUUCCCAGCCAGGAGAUGGACGCUGGUGAGGGGGGGCACCAUACAGGUCAUGGCCCUGAUAGGCGCUAUGCCAUGGUGCUCUUUCGCAUCACAAGUGUAUUCUACAUGCUUUGGCUUCCCUACAUCAUUUACUUUCUCCUGGAGAGCUCCCACAUCUUGGACAGCCCUGCUUUGUCUUUCAUCACCACCUGGUUAGCGAUCAGCAAUAGCUUCUGCAACUGCGUCAUCUACAGUCUGUCCAACAGUGUGUUCCGGCUCGGCAUGCGUAGGCUCUCUCAGACGCUCUGUUCCUCCUGCUCUUUCAGCCCUUGUGCCCAUGAUGACGUGGACUUCAGAGAGCCAAAGCCUAGGAAGAGAGCCAACUCAUGUUCAAUCUGA